CAGACGCAGUAUCGCCUUUCCGUUGCAGUGCCCUUCUGUACCGUGCCGUGAGUGUUCCUCCUCAGUCUAUCUCCCGCCGGCCCACAAAAUGUUCAGAGCCGCAGUUCGACUUUCAGUCUCCGGGGUUCGGAGUUUGGCACGACCACGGGCUUCAUAUACCGCUCCGUUGGCAUCCCGCUGUUACUCUCAUGGCGGCCAAGAGACGGAUGAAGAGUUUGAUGCCCGCUGGGUCACCUAUUUCAACAAGCCCGACAUCGAUGCCUGGGAGCUAAGGAAAGGCAUGAAUACUCUCAUUGGUUAUGACCUGGUACCAGAACCAAAGAUUAUCGAUGCAGCAUUGCGAGCUUGUCGAAGGUUAAAUGACCUGGCCAGUGCUGUCCGUAUCCUUGAGGCAGUCAAGAAUAAAGCUGGCUCUCACAAAGAUAUAUACCCAUACUUGAUUCAAGAACUCCGGCCUACUCUGGAUGAACUAGGCGUCCCCACACCCGAAGAGCUCGGCAUCCACAAAGUAUAGGCUCCAACACAUUGGGUCUUCCUGAAGACUUCUGCUGCUGUGACAUUGCAGUCGCCCAAUGCACUUGAAGUCUCAGCCAUGUAUACAUAUGUUUCUGUGAUAUUUAAUUUGGCCUUUGUUUUGUCCUGUUGUGUAUAAAUAUUGAUGGACCUAAUAAAGGGAAAAAUAUCUUUGAGGAA